GGUUGUGGAGGAAUCAUGGCCCAGUGGAACCAGUUGCAGCAGCUGGAGACCAGGUAUCUGGAGCAGCUGUACCACCUGUACAGCGACAGCUUCCCCAUGGAGCUCCGGCAGUUCCUCGCCCCCUGGAUCGAGAGCCAGGACUGGUGGGUACUUUCCUAGUUCCUAUGGUUCACAACAUCACUACAGAAUGGGUACCUAGUACGUACAGUUCACUAACACCACUGCUGCUGGCAAGACUCGGCAGGAUUACAUGGCUCAUUGUUGUACUUACUCAUCGUAUUUGUUAAUAGUGUUUUAUUUAUUUUGACUUUAGUCAUCAGUGUGGCAUUGAUUUUCCUCUACAAUCGUUAUGAUUUAUUUUGAAAUAGCAACAUCAGCAUUACAGCUAGACUGUUAGCAGGGAACAACACACAGGAAAUUAUUGACCUAAUUGGCAUCUCAUGAUGACAUGUUGUCAGUUCUGCCAGGAAAAAGGGUAAAUCCAUAUGAAUUUAAAACCUUUUUGACAGCACCCCUUUUGAUUCGAACAAAACCUUCCAUACACAUUUGCCCAUUGUGGAAGUGCUCAGAAAAUGACUUUUUGGACCUUAAUGCCAAAACUUUCAAGAGGUAAAGGUUCUCAAAGUUGACCUAUCUUGCAUACCCCACCAUGAGACAUCCAUGUCUUAAUCACUGGAAAAGAUAAGCGGUUGAGAUUAAUAUAUUUAAAAGCUUAUAAACAGGGUUGUCAAACUAUUUUAUAAUUUCUGGGGGGAAAAGUUUUUUUGUAGUAAAAAAAUAAUUUCUUUACCUUUAAUGUCAAAUAUCUAAAAACGUGUAAACUCCAGGGUUUUUUCAUAUUCGCAUAUGUUGAAGUUUAUAAUCUAUUUACAUAAUCUGAGGUAUUUGUGUUGUGCCCGCUAUCGGUUGAGACACAACAUGCUCUUGAAUACAGGGUGGGUGUCAUGUUCUGGCUGAUAAAUGUGCUCAAAUGGGAAACUUUCAAAUGGUACCACAAAGAUGGUUGUAGGUCCACACAUCAGAGAAUUUUGACUUAAUGGAAAUAUGUUUUCAAUUAUACUGUCAAUCAUCCAUGGAAACCUAUUAAAAUAUAUACAGUGGGAGAACAAGUAUUGUGAUACACUGCCAAUUUUGCAGGUUUUCCUACUUAACAAAGCAUUUAUCAUAGGUACACUUUCAACUGUGAGAGACGGAAUCUAAAACAAAAAUCUAGAAAAUCACAUUGUAUGAUUUUUAAGUAAUUAAUUUGGCAUUUUAUUGCAUGACAUAAGUAUUUGAUCACCUACCAACCAGUAAGAAUUCCGGCUCUCACAGACCUGUUGUUUUUCUUUAAGAAGCCCUCCUGUUCUCCCCACUCAUUACCUGUAUUAACUGCACCUGUUUGAACUCGUUACCUGUAUAAUAGACACCUGUCCACACACUCAAUCAAACAGACUCCAACCUCUCCACAAUGGCCAAGACCAGAGAGCUGUGUAAGGACAUCAGGGAUAAAAUUGUAGACCUGCACAAGGCUGGGAUGGGCUACAGGACAAUAGGCAAGCAGCUUGGUGAGAAGGCAACAACUGUUGCCGCAAUUAUUAGAAAAUGGAAGAAGUUCAAGAUGACGGUCAAUCACCCUCGGUCUGGGGCUCCAUGCAAGAUCUCACCUCGUGGGGCAUCAAUGAUCAUGAGGAAGGUGAGGGAUCAGCCCAGAACUACACGGCAGGACCUGGUCAAUGACCUGAAGAGAGCUGGGACCACAGUCUCAAAGAAAACCAUUAGUAACACACUACGCCGUCAUGGAUUAAAAUCCUGCAGCGCACGCAAGGUCCCCCUGCUCAAGCCAGCGCAUGUCCAGGCCCAUCUGAAGUUUGCCAAUGACCAUCUGGUUGAUCCAGAGGAGGAAUGGGAGAAGGUCAUGUGGUCUGAUGAGACAAAAAUAGAGCUUUUUGGUCUAAACUCCACUCGCCAUGUUUGGAGGAAGAAGAAGGAUGAGUACAACCCCAAGAACACCAUCCCAACCGUGAAGCAUGGAGGUGGAAACAUCAUUCUUUGGGGAUGCUUUUCUGAAAAGGGGACAGGACGACUGCGCCGUAUUGAGGGGAGGAUGGAUGGGGCCAUGUAUCGCGAGAUCUUGGCCAACAACCUCCUUCCCUCAGUAAGAGCAUUGAAGAUGGGUCGUGGCUGGGUCUUCCAGCAUGACAACGACACGAAACACACAGCCAGGGCAACUAAGGAGUGGCUCUGUAAGAAGCAUCUCAAGGUCCUGGAGUGGCCUAGCCAGUCUCCAGACCUGAACCCAAUAGAAAAUGGAGAAGGUCUGUAUGGAGGAGUGGGCCAAAAUCCCUGCUGCAGUGUGUGCAAACCUGGUCAAGACCUACAGGAAACGUAUGAUCUCUGUAAUUGCAAACAAAGGUUUCUGUACCAAAUAUUAAGUUCUGCUUUUCUGAUGUAUCAAAUACUUAUGUCAUGCAAUAAAAUGCAAAUUAAUUACUUAAAAAUCAUACAAUGUGAUUUUCUGGAUUUUUGUUUUAGAUUCCGUCUCUCACAGUUGAAGUGUACCUAUGAUAAAAAUUACAGACCUCUACAUGCUUUGUAAGUAGGAAAACCUGCAAAAUCGGCAGUGUAUCAAAUACUUGUUCACCCCACUGUGUGUGUGUGUGUGUGUGUGUGUGUGUGUGUGUAUAUAUAUAUAUCACACACACACAGUUGAAGUCGGAAGUUUACAUACACCUUAGCCAAAUACAUUUAAACUCAGUUUUUCACAAUUCCUGACAUUUAAUCCUAGUAAAGAUUCCCUGUCUUAGGUCGGUUAGGAUCACCACUUUAUUUUAAGAAUGUGAAAUGUCAGAAUAAUAGUAGAGAGAAUUAUUUAUUUCAGCUUUUAUUUCUUUCAUCACAUUCCCAGUGGGUCAGAAGGUGACAUACACUCAAUUAGUAUUUGGUAGCAUUGCCUUUAAAUUGUUUAACUUGGGUCAAAAGUUUCGGGUAGGCUUCCACAAGCUUCCCACAAUACGUUGGGUGAAUUUCGGCCCAUUCCUCCUGACAGAGCUGGUGUAACGGAGUCAGGUUUGUAGGCCUCCUUGCUCGCACACGCUUUUUCAGUUCUGCCCACAAAUUCUCUAUAGGAUUGAGGUCAGGGCUUUGUGAUGGACACUCCAAUACCUUGACUUUGUUGUCCUUAAGCCAUUUUGUCACAACUUUGGAAGUAUGCAUGAGGUCAUUGUCCAUUUGGAAGACCCAUUUGCGACCAAGCUUUAACUUCCUGACUGAUGUCUUGAGAUGUUGCUUCAAUAUAUCCACAUAAUUUUCCUUCAUGAUGCCAACUUUUUUGUGAAGUGCACCAGUCCCUCCUGCAGCUAAGCACCCCCACAGCAUGAUGCUGCCACCCCCGUGCUUCACGGUUGGGGUGAUGUUCUUCGGCUUGCAAGCAUUCCCCUUUUUCCUCCAAACAUAACGAUGGUCAUUAUGGCCAAACAGUUAUAUUUUUGUUUCAUCAGACCAGAGGACAUUUCUCCAAAAAGUACGAUCUUUGUCCCCAUGUGCAGUUGCAAACCGUAGUCUGGCUUUUUUAUGGUGGUUUUGGAGCAGUGGCUUCUUCCUUGCUGAGUGGCCUUUCAGGUUAUGUCGAUAUAGGACUCGUUUUACUGUGGAUAUGGAUACUUUUGUACCUGUUUCCUCCAGCAUCUUCACAAGGUCCUUUUGCUGUUGUUCUGGGAUUGAUUUGCACUUUUCGCACCAAAGUACGUUCAUCUCUAAGAGACAGAACGCGUCUCCUUCCUGAGCGGUAUGACUGCUGCGUGGUCCCAUGGUGUUUAUACUUGCGUACUAUUGUUUGUACAGAUGAACGUGGUACCUUCAGGCGUUUGGAAAUUGCUCCCAAGGAUGAACCAGACUUGUGGAGGUCUGCAAUUUUGUUUCUGAGGUCUUGGCUGAUUUCUUUUGAUUUUCCCAUGAUGUCAAGCAAAGAGGCACUGAGUUUGAAUGUAGGCCUUGAAAUACAUCCACAGGUACACCUCCAAUUGACUCAAAUUAUGUCAAUUAGCCUAUCAGAAGCUUCUAAAGCCAUUACAUCAUUUUCUGGAAUUUUCCAAACUGUUUAAAGGCACAGUCAACUUAGUGUAUGUAAACUUCUGACCCACUGGAAUUGUGAAACAGUGAAUUAUAAGUGAAAUAAUCUGUCUGUAAACAAUUGUUGGAAAAAUUACUUGUGUCAUGCACAAAGUAGAUGUCCUAACCGACUUGCCAAAACUAUAGUUUGUUAACAAGAAAUGUGUGGAGUGGUUGAAAAACAAGUUUUAAUGACUCCAACCUAAGUGUAUGUAAACUUCCGACUUCAACUGUAUACUACCAGUCAAAAUUUUGGACACAUACUCAUUCAAGGGUUUUUCUUUCUUUUUUCUUAUUUUUUUACAUUGUAGAAUAAUAGUGAAUACAUCAAAACUGAAAUAACACAUAUGGAAUCAUGUAGUAACCAAAAAAGUGUUAAACAUCUGGUUAAGUGUGCCUUGAAUUCUAAAUAAAUCACAGACAGUGUCACCAGCAAAGCACCCCCACACCAUAACACCACCUCCUCCAUGCUUUACGGUGGGAAAUACACAUGCGGAGAUCAUCCGUUCACCCACACAGCAUCUCACAAAGACACGGCGGUUUGAACCAAAAAUCUCCAAUUUGGACUCCAGACCAAAGGACACAUUUCCACAGGUCUAAUGUCCAUUGCUCCUGUUUCUUGGCCCAAGCAGGUCUCUUUUUAUUGUUGGUGUCCUUUGGUAGUGGUUUCAUUUCAGCAAUUUGACCAUGAAGGCCUGAUACACGCAGUCUCUUCUGAACAGUUGAUGUUGAGAUGUGUCUGUUACUUGAACUCUGUGAAGCAUUUAUUUGGGCUGCAAUUUCUGAGGCUGGUAACUCUGAUGAACUUAUCCUCUGCAGCAGAGGUAACUCUGGGUCUUCCAUUCCUGUGGCGGUCCUCAUGAGAGCCAGUUUGAUCAUAGCGCUUAAUGGUUUUUGCGACUGCACUUGAAGAAACGUUCAAAGUUCUUGACAUUUUCUGUAUCGACUGACCUUCAUGUCUUAAAGUAAUGAUGGACUGUUGUUUCUCUUUGCUUAUUUGAGCUGUUCUUGCCAUAAUAUGGACUUGGUCUUUUACCAAAUAGAACUAUCUUCUGUAUACCCCUCUACCUUGUCACAACAUAACUGAUUGUCUCAAAAUAAAUUCCACAAAUUAACUUUUAACAAGGCACACCUGUUAUUUGAAAUGCAUUCCAGGUCACUACUUCAUGAAUCUGGUUGAGAGAAUGCCAAGAGUGUGCAAAUCUGUCAUCAAGGCAAAGCGUGACUAUUUGAAAACGCUCAAAUAUAUUUUGAUUUGUUUAACACUUUUUUGGUUACUACAUGAUUCCAUAUGUGUUAUUUCAUAGUUUUGAUGUCUUCAUUAUUAUUCUACAAUGUAGAAAAUAGAAAAACCCUUGAAUGAGAAUGUGUGUCCGAACUUUUGACUGGUACUAUAUAAACUCAGCAAAAAAAGAAACGUCACUUUUUCAGGACCCUGUCUUUCAAAGAGAACUCGUAAAAAUCAAAAUAACUUCACAGAUCGUUGUUGUAAAGGGUUUAAACACUGUUUCCCAUGCUUGUUCAAUGAACCAUAAACGAUUAAUGAACAUGCACCUGUGGAACGGUCGUUAAGACACUAACAGCUUACAGACGGUAGGCAAUUAAGGUCACAGUUAUGAAAACGUAGGACACUAAAGAGGCCUUUCUACUGACUCUGAAAAACACCAAAAGAAAGAUGCCCAGGGUCCCUGCUCAUCUGCGUGAAUGUGCCUUAGGCAUGCUGCAAGGAGGCAUGAGGACUGCAGAUGUGGCCAGGGCAAUAAAUUGCAAUGUCCGUACUGUGAGACGCCUAAGACAGCGCUACAGGGAGACAGGACGGACAGCUGAUUGUCAUCGCAGUGGCAGACCACGUGUAACAACACCUGCACAGGAUCGGUACAUCCGAACAUCACACCUGCGGGACAGGUACAGGAUGGCAACAACAACUGCCCAAGUUACAUCAGGAACGCACAAUCGCUCCAUCAGUUCUCAGAUUGUCCGCAAUAGUCUGAGAGAGGCUGGACUGAGGGCUUGUAGGCCUGUUGUAAGGCAGGUCCACACCAGACAUCACCGGCAACAACGUCGCCUAUGGGCACAAACCCACCGUCGCUGGACCAGACAGGACUGGCAAAAAGUGCUCUUCACUGACGAGUUGCGGUUUUGUCUCACCAGGGGUGAUGGUCGGAUUCGUGUUUAUAGUCGAAGGAAUGAGCGUUACACCGAGGCCUGUACUCUGGAGUGGGAUUGAUUUGGAGGUGGGGGGUCCGUCAUGGUCUGGGGCGGUGUGUCACAGCAUCAUCAGACUGAGCUUGUUGUCAUUGCAGGCCAUCUCAACGCUGUGCGUUACAGGGAAAACAUCCUCCUCCCUCAUGCGGUACCCUUCCUGCAGGCUCAUCCUGACAUUACCCUCUAGCAUGACAAUGCCACUAGCAAUACUGCUCGUUCUGUGCGUGAUUUCCUGCAAGACAGGAAUGUCAGGGUUCUGCCAUGGCCAGCGAAGAGCCCGGAUCUCAAUCCCAUUGAGCACGUCUGGGACCUGUUGGAUAGGAGGGUGAGGGCUAGGGCCAUUCCCCCCAGAAAAGUCCGGGAACUUGCAAGUGCCUUGGUGGUAGAGUGGGGUAACAUCUCACAGCAAGAACUGGCAAAUCUGGUGAAGUCCAUGAGGAGGAGAUGCACUGCAGUACUUAAUGCAGCUGGUGGCCACACCAGAUACUGACUGUUACUUUUGAUUUUCACCCCCCCCCCCAAGUCACAUGUCUGUGGAACUUGUUCAGUUUGUCUGUUGUUGAAUCUUGUUAUGUUCAUACAAAUAUUUACACAUGUUAAGUUUGCUGAAAAUAAAUGCAGUUGACUGUGAGGAUGUUUCUUUUUUUGCUGAGUUUAUAUAUAUAUAUAUAUAUAUAUAUAUAUAUAUAUAUAUAUAUAUAUCUCUGUGGAUUUCUUUGACUAAUAACUAGAGAUAUGAACAUUAUUAGAGGCUAGGUUGUUAGUCUAUGUUGUUCUCAAUACCAUACCUGGUUAAGUAAAUAAAGAUAAUAAAAAACAUAAGCUUUCACUAAACCACUCUCUAUAUCAGGGGUGUCAAACGUCCGGCCCGCGGGCCGGAUCAGGCCCGCAAACGGGUUUAAUCCGGCCCGCGAGAUGAUUUCUAAAAAUAAAAUUUUAAAAAUAAAAAUAUAUCUAUAUAUAUAUUUUUGUAAAGUAUAAAAAUGCGCUGCAAUUUUUCAAUAAAAUAAACUGCUGUUCCAAUUGCGUCCACUGGAUGGCGCAAUAGCAAUUGUGUUAAGCAAGCAAACUGUUUAUACCGGGGCAGAGCAAGUAGGUCAAGCACGUGCAGCCAAUGAGCUACUUUGUUUUGCCCGCGAUAUUUAUUACAGCUUCUACUUUUAACAUUAUGUGCUUUGGCACCCUCAUUGCCCCAAUAUGUCUCUGUCAAAAAAGAGAAGUGGACGCAGUGUUCCAAGAAAAAUGGUCAUCCUAUUUAUUCACGGAAUUGAAUGGGAAAGCUGUAUGUUUGGUGUGUUCAGAGCAUGUUGCAGUGCUGAAAGAAUAUAACCUUCGUCGCCACUAUGUGAGUCUUCAUGCCGAUAAAUAUGACAACUUUCAAGGACAGCGGAGAUGAGAGAAGGUGAAUGAACUGUUGGCGGGUCUGAAGAAACAGCAGUCUGUGUUUACUCACAGCCGAGACAUCAGUGACGCUGCAGUGAAAGCUAGCUACCUCAUUGCUAAUGAAAUCGCAGUGGCUUCAAAACCAUUUAGUGAGGGUGAAUUUGUAAAAACAUGCAUGAUGAAGGCAGCGGAGAUUGUGUGCCCUGAAAAGCGGCAGGCUUUUGCAAAUAUCAGCCUGACAAGAAACACAGUUGCAGACAGGAUUUCCGAUCUUUCAGUGGAUUUGGACAGCCAGUUGAAGCAAAAAGUAAAGUCAUUUAUUGCGUUUUCGGUUGCAAUUGAUGAAAGCACGGACAUUACAGAUGUUGCACAACUGGCCAUUUUCAUCCGCGGAGUUGAUGACACAUUGACCGUCACCGAGGAGUUCGUGGAGUUGGUGCCGAUGACAGAUACAACGACAGCAGCUGAUAUUUUUACCGCACUCGUCGGCGCGUUGGACAGGGUCGGAGUGGACUGGUCCCGCGCUGUCAGCCUGGCUACAGAUGGUGCGCCCUCAAUGAUCGGGAAAAAAGCAGGCGUUGUGACAAAGUUCAGAGAGAAAGUGCAAUCUGCAAAUGGAGGACGUGAUUUUUUGACUUUUCACUGUAUUUUGCACCAGGAGGCUUUGUGUUGCAAGUCAUUAAAGAUGGAUAACGUCAUGAAGGUGGUCAUCCAAACUGUUAAUUUCAUCCGAUCCAGAAGCCUGAAUCACCAUCAGUUUGACAGCCUUCUCAGAGAGAAAGACCACAUCUAUGGCCUGCCAUACCACACUGAGGUAAGAUGGUUAAGCCGAGGUGCUGUGCUGAGGCGUUUCUUUGAUUUACGAGAAGAAAUUGAACAGUUCAUGGAAGAAAAGGGCAAACCAGUGUUAGAAUUUCAUUCCGCAGAAUGGAUGCAGGACCUUGCAUUUAUGGUGGAUGUUACAGAGCACCUGAAUAACUUGAACAAACAGCUGCAAGGGCGCAACAAAGUUGUCACGCAGUAUUAUGACAGCAUACGUUCUUUCAAGUUGAAGCUGUCAUUGUGGGAGACGCAACUUGCCGGUGGUGAUGCAGCUCACUUCCCCUGUCUGAAAAAUGUGUGCGCGACCCAAGGUGUGGCAGACAUGAAGCGGUUCAAAGAUAAAAUAACGGGACUGUUACGGGAGUUUGAGCAACGCUUUCAGAUUUAUGUUUUUAUGUUGAUGUGCUAUUGUUUUUAAUUGAUUUUAUUUUAUUUGUAUAUUUAACCUAUUCUUGACUCUGUGGUUCUUGCACUUGUUUGGGGAACAGGAUUUCAUUAUUUUUAUCUACAUUUCUGCCUGAGAAAUGACACCCUGAUAAAGUUCUGUGAUCUGUGAUAUACUUCUGUGAAUCACUGAGGCAUUGUGUGUUUGUGUUCUUUGUCCUCAGAACUUUCAAAUAACUUGAGGUGUUUUAUGAUUAAUAGUGAUGUUGUGCUUUUGGACACUGUCCUCAGGCUCCAGCUUUAUGUUUAUAUGUUUUUAUGUUGAUGUGCUAUUGUUUUUAAUUGUUUUUAUUUUAUUUGUAUAUUUAACCUAUUCUUGACUCUGUGGUUCUUGCACUUUUUUGGGGAACAGGAUUUCAUUCUUUUUAUCUACAUUUCUGCCUGAGAAAUGACACCCUGAUAUAGAUCUGUGAUAUACUUCUGUGAAUCACUGAGGCAUUGUGUGUUUGUGUGUUCUUUGUCCUCAGAACUUUCAAAUAACUUGGUGUUUUAUGAUUAAUAGUGAUGUUGUGCUUUUGGACACUGUCCUCAGGCUCCAGCUUUAUGUUUAUAUGUUUUUAUGUUGAUGUGCUAUUGUUUUUAAUUGUUUUUAUUUUAUUUGUAUAUUUAACCUAUUCUUGACUCUGUGGUUCUUGCACUUGUUUGGGGAACAGGAUUUCAUUAUUUUUUAUCUACAUUUCUGCCUGAGAAAUGACACCCUGAUAUAGUUCUGUGAUCUGUGAAACAGUUCUGUUAAUCACUGAGGCAUUGUGUGUUUGUGUUCUUUUUCUUUAGAAUUUUCAAAUAUACUUGACGUGUUUUAUGAUUAAUAGUGAUGCUGUGCUUGUACUAUUUUGGACACACUGUCCUCAGGCUCCAGCUUUAUGUUGUAUGUUGAUCGUAUUAAAACAAAGAAAACAAUCUGAAGUUGUUGUUUUUAUGUUAUAUAUAUAUAUAUACCAUGAUUUUUCCGGUCCGGCCCACUUGGGAAUAGAUUUUCCUCCAGCUGCAAGGGCGCAAUGAGUUUGACACCCCUGCUCUAUAUGCUCUAUGCAGGGCGUACGCAGCGAACAAGGAGUCCCACGCCACGCUGGUGUUCCACAACCUGCUGGGGGAGAUUGACCAGCAGUACAGCCGCUUCCUGCAGGAGAACAACGUGCUCUACCAGCACAACCUGCGGCGCAUAAAGCAGCACCUGCAGUCCAAGUACCUGGAGAAACCCAUGGAGAUCGCCCGCAUUGUAGCCCGCUGCCUCUGGGAAGAGCAGAGGCUGCUGCAGACCGCCACCACUGCCGCACAGGACGGAACGGCAUCUCACCCGUCUGGCACUGUGGUGACGGAGAAACAACAGAUCCUGGAGCACAACCUGCAGGACAUCAGGAAGAGGGUGCAGGUGAGACUGCAUGUUUAGUCCAAAGAACAGGAUCUUGUUCUUCAAUAUGUGUUUUUACACAGACAUAUUAUUUAAUACCUCAUUUGAUUUAUAUGCUUUACGUGUUACUUUGCUAUAGGAUAUGGAACAAAAGAUGAAGAUGCUUGAGAAUCUCCAGGAUGAUUUUGACUUCAACUACAAGACCCUUAAAAGUCAGGGUGGUAAGUUUCACAUUUAAUAUUACAUUAAAUUCUAUAAAUGUUUUGCUAGAAUUUUAUCUGAAUUUGUGGAUAGGAUAUCUUUUAUGUCUUUAAGAGGCUCUACUAUUAUAAUCUACUACUACUAUUUAUUUGGCUGGUUCUUGCUUUGAAACUCUGACCCACCAUCAAAUUCUAUCAAAUAUCACUGACUCUUAAAUCUACAGAUAACCCACCCAACUCCUCUCCUAUUUGCUCAGAGUUGUCCCAGGACAUGAAUGGGAACAGCCAGGCGGCAGCAACCAGGCAGAAGAUGUCUCAGCUGGAACAGAUGCUGAGUGCUCUGGACCAGCUCAGGAGGGUAGGGCCCUUAUACACCCCUCCUUAGUGUCCAUUGGACCCUACAUCGUACACCCUUCUUUUAGAGGGUCCUUUUUACCCUGAAUCAGGAUAGUCAGAAUUUCUGCAAUAGGUAGGCUAGGUUAGUUGACAUUCCGCUCGAACUACAUAUGUGUGUGCAAGAAAUAACAUAAACCUGCACACUAACAUGUUUGUUAAAUAAUCAUUUUUUUUGUAAGCUAUAGAAUUGGGUUAUUCAUUCUAUAAUUAUCAGCAGCAAGCUCAACCUGUCUGCCCCAGGCAGCCUGCUUCCCUAUCUAUUGCAGUCCCGACUUAAACAUUCGGACUCAGCAGCAGUACCUUUCACUACACAUGCAGGGAUCUGUAUGUGUGUUGAUAUUGAUGUGUGCUCGAUGAUUCAUUUUCAAUUGAGUUAAAUUAAUAUUCAUGCUGCUGUCAGGCACUAAAUAUUUAUGAACAAGAUAAGAAGGGCGGUAAUAGCUGUCAAUUAUAAUUUCCCUAAGGCCAAAAUUGUAAAACAAAUUCAGUAAUUCACUAAUCAUCCUAAGAAUCAUGUGCAAGAUAUAAUCAUCCAGCGGUAGCCUCGAUGUUAGAGAACCGGGCCAGCAACCAGAGGGUUGCUGGUUCGAAUCCCAGUGCUGGUGGGGAUUGAGCUGGCAACCGGAGGGUUGCUGGCAUCAAUAUCUCAGGUGCCUCCUACCGCUUACCUUCCCUUGUGCGCUGCACUGUGGCUGCCCUCUGCUCCAGCCUCUCCAACCUAAUGUGUGUGUGUAUAUAUCAGGGGGUUGGAUAAAAAGCAGAAGACAAAUUUCCAUCUCGUGUGGAUUCAUAAAAUAUAUCUUUAAAGUAUUUCCAGAACCCCCUGAAUAUCACUUUAACACUGGUUGUGGUUGUAUCAGUGUCUGAAGAAUGUGCUGUUGUCCCUCUCUGUUGUAGCAAAUUGUGACAGAGAUGGCGGGGCUGCUGUCAGCCAUGGACUUUGUCCAGAAGAACCUGACAGAUGACGAGCUGGCUGACUGGAAGAGGAGGCAGCAGAUUGCCUGCAUCGGAGGACCACCCAACAUCUGCCUGGACCGCCUGGAGACAUGGUCAGUUACCAUUAGUAACCUUUACUUUCCACAUGUUAAACCCCUUUUUUAUGUGUCCUCUCCAUCACCGUACACUAUCUAUCUCCCCCAACACUCAUGUAGAGUAAACAUCAGAGAGGCGAAGAAGGAGAAUUUGUAGUCAAUACAAGACACCAUAAGAUAAAUUGUAGUUCCAAAUUUAGUUUAACAUAAACAAAGUAGCACUGCCAUAAUGACUGACCUAGACUAACCUUUGGUACCUCUAGGAUUACGUCCCUGGCUGAGUCUCAGCUGCAGAUCCGCCAGCAGAUCAAGAAGCUGGAGGAGCUCCAGCAGAAGGUGUCCUAUAAGGGAGACCCAAUCAUCCAGCACCGGCCCGCUCUGGAGGAGAAGAUAGUGGACUUGUUCAGGAACCUCAUGAAGAGGUGGGGAGCUUCUCUUUAGCUUCAACACCUAUCACAUGUCCAGAUGGUUUGGAUAUUUAUUAUAGGAUAGAAUUUGUAUAAUAUUCAGAUGUUUUGGAUACAUGGCAUAGACAAAUAUAUAUUUGGACAUCUUUUAUUAUGAUGGGCAUUAGAUGAGGCUUCGGAGCUUUGUCUAUCUCGGACUUCCACCACUGUGCUCUAAUGCGCCGCCUCUUGUCUGGUCGUGGUAUUGCAGUGCGUUCGUGGUGGAGAGGCAGCCUUGUAUGCCCAUGCAUCCAGACCGACCACUGGUCAUCAAGACAGGUGUGCAGUUCACCAACAAAGUCAGGUAAGAGGAGCUGUGGGACAACUCAAUGCCACCAGUUGAUGAAUAUGUUGAAUACAAACUGCAUUAUUUGAUGCCUUUGGCGUUUUGCAUUAUGUGCUCUCACCAAAUGUUAUUUUCCAAAUAUUUUCUCACUUUUCAGAUUACUGGUGAAGUUUCCAGAAUUGAAUUACCAGCUGAAGAUCAAAGUUAUUAUUGACAAGUGAGUUUUGCGUGCCCAUCGUCCAUCACUCCCAUGAUCAUGUCUGAUUUGCAUAGAACACAACGAUCGACUCUGUCCCAGGGAAGUUGUUUUGUGAAUUUACCUCUAUUGUUUUUUUUCUCAGGGAAUCUGGAGACGUGGCUGCUAUUCGAGGGUAAGUGACUUAUGUAACAUUGAAACCCUUUGAUGACUCCAAAGCUUUCGGUCUUAAAAUGUCCCUUUUGCCAUGGAGCCUGUGAAUAACCUACUCUACCCUGCUCAUCCUAGGUCCCGAAAGUUCAACAUCCUUGGUACCAACACGAAGGUGAUGAACAUGGAGGAGUCCAACAAUGGCAGUCUGUCAGCAGAGUUCAAACACCUGGUGAGUGACUGUCUGCUAGUCAGUAUAGUGGUGAGCCUAGUGUGGUACUGUACAGUAUGUUGCUUGACUGAUAAUUGCCCUUCUCUUUCAGACCCUGAGGGAACAGAGGUGUGGCAAUGGUGGCAGGACCAACAGUGAUGUGAGUCCCACACUCAAUCUUGAAUGCUCCUUUUCUUAUGGUGACUGGUGUAGCUAUACUGUUAAAUUAAACUUAACAUUUUGGGAAUUUAUAGUUCUAUUGUCAUCAGUAUUGAUAGUAGCAUCAAUCGACCUAUAACGCUGACUGUCCUGUUCCUCCCCAGGCCUCCCUGAUCGUCACAGAGGAGCUCCAUCUCAUCACCUUUGAGACAGAGGUCUACCACCAGGGUCUGAAGAUCGACCUGGAGGUGAGACCAAGCUUAGCUCUCUACCUGUGUACACACACAGUCGGCUUAGGGAGUUGCUGUUGUGCUUCCUAUCUCCCAGGUGGUCUUUGUCAGGUCUCAUUACGGCCACACCAAACACUCAGCAUGUAAUCCACCUUAAUCCUACAUCAGCAGGAAUUACAUGGAGAUUAGAUAUUUAAGGCCAAGCGUCAGCUCUGCCACACGCAGCGAGCCAAUAGACGAGUCAUUAUCAUUAUCUUGAGAUGGUGCCCAAGGCUUCCAGGGGCCUGGCUCUGCUCUCCCAUGCACAGAAUGCCAAUGAGCUGAUUCAGUAAUCACACUUGAUCUCCAUGCUUCCUACUGUUGCUUCUCCUCGCACCCAUCAUCCCUCCCCUCAAACCCCGGCCGGUGGAGCGUGUCCAGGGGUGAUCCGUCUCUGACCCACUCUAUACCUCCCUAAACACCACCAGUGUUCCUCCCCCUGAUAGCACCGUAGCUAGCCCAAGCCCCCUGCUGGGACACAGGAACCAUUCAUCUAGUGGUUAUGCCCUGCAGGGCUUUGUGUUGAGCUCAACACUGCGGCGCUGGCCCCCCUGAACACAGCAGUGUGAAAAUGCAUUAGCCAGGAUAAUUAACACAUUAGCAUUGAGAAAUGGAGGGAAAUUAGCGUGCGUGUGUUAGAGGGUUUGGCAUACCCACGUUGUGAAAUAAUUUAUCACAACACUCCCGUCUUCUAUAAACGACACCAUUUAGCAAGGCGAGGAGGAGUGCUGCUGUGUGAUUAAGACUUAAUUCUCAGUGAGGGACUAAACACUCCAUGUCUCUGCCAUCUCACUCAGAACAAGGACAGCUUUUCCUCCCUUAUGGACAACUACUUUGUCACAGCCAUCAAAAAAAUAAAAAUGUCCAUUCAUCGUAGAAUUUAGAUAAUUUAUUAAAUGGCAUUUCAUGUCAGACUUGAAUAGAAUGACCAAACAACCUAGAUGAGUUUUGAAAGCCUGGCAAAAAGUGUGAAUGCUCCAUACGUAUAUCUUCAUUGAUCCAAUGUCCAGGUUAACCAUUCUUCACGUGUUUCUCUAUGGUCCUUUAGACCCAUUCUCUACCAGUGGUGGUCAUCUCCAACAUCUGCCAGAUGCCCAACGCCUGGGCCUCUAUCCUGUGGUACAACAUGCUGACCAACCACCCCAAGGUAAGACAGCUAGUGCCACCUCGUGUUAGACCACUGUCCUGUAACUUCUGUCCCCCAAAUACAGUCAGUCUUAUUGAUAUCAUCUUUACUGUGUCAUACAUUCUUUGCAUUGCCAUCUGUCUUGGAGAGGGUUAAAAUGUGUGAGAAAUGAAUCUACUUUGACCUCCUCCUCCUGUUGUCAUGUCCUAUAGAACGUGAACUUCUUCACCAAGCCUCCGGUGGGGACGUGGGAUCAGGUAGCGGAGGUGCUGAGCUGGCAGUUCUCCUCCACCACUAAGAGAGGCCUGACCAUCGAGCAGCUCACCACCCUGGCUGAGAAACUACUUGGUGAGGAACCUUUCUGUCUGCAAGUCUGAAUGAGAACAUUGAAUGUCCACUUUAGUCAUUAUAUUUCUAUGGAUGGGUCCACCUAUACCUGACUGGUACUGUCUGUAUGGCAUCAAUGCCUAAUAAAUGUGUUUGUGUUUGUCCAGGGCCGUGUGUGAACUACUCUGGAUGCCAGAUCACCUGGGCCAAGUUCUGCAAAGUAUGUCCUUGCCCAAUCAGUCUCUCUUGUUCUCUAUUGAUAUUGUGGGAUGGUUAUCUAUCUGUCGUAAACAGCUUCAGUUUGAAUUGAUUAGUUCCUCCUUUGUCCUCAGGAGAACAUGGCGGGUAAAGGCUUCUCUUUCUGGGUUUGGCUAGACAACAUCAUUGACCUGGUUAAGAAGUACAUCCUGGCUUUGUGGAAUGAAGGGUGAGAGGUCGCUUCUGUUUGUUUACCGACUUGUUACUGGAACAGCUGGGUAGAAAUCCAAGUUGGAGGGAGUUGAGUUCAUGACAUUGAGUUCAUAUGAGCACUGCAGAGAACUGUAAUACUGAGCCGUUGAACCCUAGAUAGUGGGAAACUGGAUUGAGGACAAGUACAGGUUUUAGGGUUAAUGCACAAGUGUAAAGUGUCAAGAGUAAUGGAGUUAAAUUGUCUCCCGUUUAGUCUUUCUCUGUGCUAUCCGGUGUAAGUGAAAAUAAAAACGUCAUAUUUUUCUCUCUGCUCUCUCUCUGUGCAGGUAUAUUCUGGGUUUCAUCAGUAAGGAGAGGGAGAGGGCCAUCCUGAGCCCUAAGCCUCCUGGCACCUUCCUGCUGCGCUUCAGUGAGAGCAGUAAGGAGGGAGGCAUCACCUUCACCUGGGUGGAGAAGGACAUCAGUGGUAAGAGGACAGUCUGUCUGUCUGUCUUUGUCUCUUUCUUUUCUAUUGUGCGUGUCAUUUAGUCUUUGUCUAUGUUGCACAUUAUUUAGUUUCAUCUCAUUAUUGCUUUUGUGACAUGGUUUCAUAUCUCUCUCAUUCUCUCUGUGUCUGUAGGGAAGACUCAGAUCCAGUCGGUGGAGCCUUACACCAAGCAGCAGCUCAACAGCAUGUCCUUUGCAGAGAUCAUUAUGGGAUACAAGAUCAUGGACGCCACAAAUAUCCUGGUGUCUCCGCUGGUCUACCUCUUCCCAGAGAUCCCCAAGGAGGACGCCUUUGGGAAGUACUGCCGACCGGAAGCUGCUCCAGAGGCUGAACUCGGCGACCCAUGUAGUAGUAAGUCAAUCAGGAAGUUGAACAUAAUGUCAUGAAAACUGUGGGAUGAGUUUGUUAAUGAAAGAAGAUCUGGAAAUACCUCAUAAUGAAUAUUUCUUUACUGUUUUGGAGGUUGAUGCUUUGUGACAUGGGGAAUAUUUUGAUCUGUGUGUAAGCUAAAACGUGUUUUGAUUUUCUCCCACAGCCAUUCAACCAUACUUAAAGACAAAGUUCAUCUGUGUAACCCCGUAAGUAUCCACUUUCCUUGAGAGCUGUUUUUAGUGUUCAAUUCCCUCAUAGGGGUUAGUUAAUGCUCCUCAGUGACCUCACACUAGGUUGUGUAAUGGGAACUGGGACAGUCAUGUACCUUCCUAGAAAGUCUUGACACUCUUUUCUGCCUAUGUUGCAAAAUUGAAAUUGAAACGUUUUUAUUUAUGAAAUAUUUGAGUGUCUUCCAGAACAUCCCCUUGUUAGGUUCUUGUAAGGGUGGGGCUGGGGUUUUAACCCUGGUAGAAGAGUGGUUCCCAGAUCGUUCCUCUAAAGUCAUCACCAACAAACUGUGACAGACUGAUUCACUAUCAGUCAGGGUCUUUCCCUUAUUUGUACAGUCAUUGGUCUGCCCUGGGGACAGUAGAACAGGAAGCACAGGACUGUAGGCAGGUGGGAGGAAAGUGUACACAUCUCUCUAGGCAAAGCAGAGAGUAGAAAGCAAGUAAGGAUCCCUAGACAAAAGCAUACAGAUAACUUUAAUACGAAUCGCUCAACACAGUAAUACCAUGAGUAGAACCAAAGAGAGAACUUACCUUGCACUUAUAGGGGAACAGACGUGUUCUGUAGGCCAUGCAGUGCUCUAUUCCGGGACGGAGAGGGUGUGUAUGAGAUUAGCUGAGGGAUCAGAGGGGUGUGUAUACUGGCUAACCCAGGGGUGGAGGUAGUGUUUCGGGGGGGUGUAGCAGCGUUGGAGAGGUUUGCUCAGUGAGAACCUGACCUGUCUCUGUAGGACUAGACGGGUGUGUGUUCUACAUAGGUGGAGGUGUCUGUUGUGUUGGAGAGGAUUGCUAGUGAGAUCCUGACCUGUCUCCGUAGGUGCCCUUCCGUGUUCAUGGACUUUCCGGACAGCGAGCUGCUUGGGAACGGGAUAUUCCCU